AUGUCACAAAAUUCACCUCUCAACCUCGACCUCGAGGGAAAACGCGUCGUCAUUACCGGCGCAGGUGGAGGCGUGGGCCAACAUUUAGUAUCAUCCUUCCACAACGCUGGCUCAAAAGUCAUUGCGUGCGAUCGUGAUGCUGCUUUAUUAAACGCUUUACCUCAAGAGUCACUCCACGAACAUCAUGUAUUCGAACUAUCUGACUCCGAGGCCGUGAAAGCUGCUGCCAAAGACAUCGGCUCAGCCGAUAUUCUCGUCAAUAAUGCCGGGUUCACCAAAGCAGAGAAUGUUUCUCAAAUGGACGACUUGGCGGUUAGAAGUGAAAUAGAUGGCAAUCUAGUAGGAAGCAUGAAUCUCACACGGGCGUUAUUACCAAGCAUGGUGUCACAAGGGAACGGGAUAAUAGUAAAUGUUGCUUCCGUCAACGCAUCGCUUCACUUCGGUAACCCUAUUUAUUCGGCUGCAAAGGCGGGUCUUCUGGCAUUUACGCGAGCUGUUGCGGUUGAAUACGGUGCUAAAGGAAUCAGGGCCAAUGCUGUCUGCCCGGGCUCUAUGCUGACGAAUGCAUGGCAAGCGCGGAUUGACUCGAAUCCAGGGUUGGUUGAGGAGUUGGUCAAAUAUUACCCCUCUGGGAGGCUAGUUAUGCCCCAAGAACUGGCGAAUACGGUCUUGUUCUUGGCUUCGCCUUUGAGUAGUGGUAUUUCUGGGGUUGAUAUCGCUGUUGAUGGAGGCUUGACAGCUGGGAAUAUGAGACUGGUGAGGGAUAUAAUAGGACUCGAAUAA